UCUCCUUCUCUCUCUCUCUUUCUUUUUUUUGUUUCUGGGAAAAGAGUGACAUUCAGGGCUUUCACUAUGAGGUGGAAUUCAUUCUACACCAAAGCUUCUAAUGCUUUUCGUGAUCAUCCUUCCAUAUCUAAGCUUCUCAUUGUUUUCACUGUCAGUGGUGGUGGACUGGUAGCAGCUACUAAUGGCAGAUCUCUGUAUCAUUCUGUGUACGCCGAUGCAUUCCAACAAGAUGGUUACUGCAAGAAAAAGAAAGUAGUGGUGCUUGGAACAGGAUGGGCUGGCACAAGUUUUUUGAAGAAUCUCAAGAGUUCAUCUUAUGAUGUUCAUGUUAUUUCUCCUCAUAAUUACUUUGCUUUCACCCCUUUGCUUCCUAGUGUCACGUGUGGCACGGUUGAAGCUCGCAGCAUUGUUGAACCGAUUCGUACUAUUACAAAGAAGAAAGGUCUGGAUAUUGAAUUUAGGGAAGCUGAGUGCUAUAAGAUAGAUGCAGAGAAAAAGGUGGUAUUCUGUAGAUCAAUUCAAGACACAAAUUUGGGUGGCAGAGAAGAAUUUUCUGUUGAUUAUGACUAUCUGAUUAUAGCCAUGGGAGCUAAAUCCAACACUUUCAACAUACCCGGAGUUGAGGAAAAUGCUCACUUCUUGAAGGGAGUGGAAGAUGCUCAGAGGAUUCGUCAGACUGUAAUUGAUUGUUUCGAGCGAGCCAGCCUUCCAAAUCUAAGUGAAGAAGAGAAGAAGAGAACUCUUCACUUUGUAAUAGUUGGAGGUGGUCCAACUGGAGUGGAAUUUGCAGCAGAGCUUCAUGACUUCGCAGUUGAGGAUUUAGCAGCAUUGUAUCCUUCAUUGAAAGACUACGUGAAAAUAACCCUCUUGGAGGCAGGAGAUCAUAUUUUGAACAUGUUUGACAAGAGAAUUACUGCUUUUGCUGAAGAAAAAUUUCAAAGAGAUGGGAUUGAACUAAAAACUGGUUCCAUGGUCGUAAAAGUAACUGAUAAGGAAAUCUCCACAAAAGAAAGAGCAACCGGUGAAUUUGUAUCCAUUCCUUUUGGAAUGGUUGUCUGGUCUACCGGCAUAGGCCCUCGUCCUCAAGUCAUUGAUUUCAUGAAGCAGAUUGGUCAGACUAACAGAAGAGCUUUGGCAACUGAUGAGUGGCUAAGGGUUGAAGGAUGUGAUGGCGUCUACGCUCUUGGUGAUUGUGCCACUGUAAAUCAAAGAAGAGUCAUGGAAGAUAUUGCAGUAAUAUUCAGUAAGGCAGACAAGGAUAAGUCGGGAGCUUUAGCCCUGCAAGAAUUUCAAGAAGUCGUAGAUGACAUUUGUGAGAGGUACCCUCAAGUUGAGAUCUAUCUGAAGAAGAAGCAGAUGAAGAACUUUGCAGCUUUGUUGAAAAAGACACAAUCCGACACACAGAAACAGUCGACCGAACUGGAUAUUGAGAGCUUUAAGUCCUUACUUUCUGAAGUCGAUUCUCAGAUGAAAAAUCUCCCUGCUACUGCUCAAGUUGCUGCUCAACAAGGUGAAUAUCUUGCAAGCUGCUUCAACCGGAUGGAUCAAUGUGAAAAGUACCCUGAAGGCCCUCUCCGAUUUCGAGGGACAGGACGCCACAGAUUUCAUCCCUUCAGGUACAAGCAUUUUGGGCAGUUUGCUCCUCUUGGGGGAGAACAAACUGCAGCUCAACUACCUGGGGAUUGGAUCUCAAUUGGUCAUAGCACCCAGUGGCUUUGGUACUCUGUCUAUGCCAGCAAGCUAGUAAGUUGGCGCACAAGGAUUCUGGUCAUGUCAGAUUGGGGCAGAAGAUUUGUAUUUGGCAGGGAUUCAAGCAGAAUCUGAUAUCUCCUACUUCAAAACACCCAAACUCUUCAAAUUGAACAACAUUUGAUCUCAUCAGAUCCCAUUUUUGUCAUUACUUUUAAAAUUGCAUUUGAAUUCAAAUUUAAAUUUUACGACUCAUGUAGCCCCAUUUAUAUUAGAAAAAGUUGCUAAAAAAUGAAAGUUUGAUCCUUUAUUUUUUACACAAACACAAGUCUACAAACAAGAAGCUUUGCCUGUUUCCAUAACAGGAGUUAUGGUUCACAAAAUACUGACUUAAAAGAUAUAAAAAAAAACGUCAUUGUUUCAUUUCAUUCUUCCUCAUCCUCUGCAAAAUUCAACUUCUGACAGAUUAAUGCUUCCAUCUCUUCAUCAGCAAAAAAACUUGUCUUACUCCCAAUCAAUUCAGACACCCUCUUGGCCGGUCCCGAGUCCCUUGGGCUCAUAUUCGCACAGCGAGUCGUUCUGAUCCUCGGAAGCUUAUCGCCCACCUUCGAAACUGACUCCAAACAUGUUUCUUCCAUUUCUUGUUGAAGAAUCAUUAUUUCAUUUGGUAUGUCCCAUCGCUUCUUCACUCUGCUUUGCGGUGCCUUGCUUUGGCUAAGAUCCGACGAAGAUCGCCGCUUGUCAUACCUACUGCUUCCAUCGUCUUUGCAAUUUCCUGGCAGAGAUCUCUUACGAUUCUCUGUGGGUACUUGGCUGCUUUCGUUUGUCUGAUUGUAACGGCUCGCUAUAAUCCUACCAGUUCUCAAUGGCUUUUUGACACUAGUGGGUGGUACUGAUUUUUCAACGUCUUUAAAGAGCUUCUUUGGUUGAAUUGAUUCAAAAACCCCAUCUUUUUUUACCGGCCGUUUUGAUACGAUAGUGGUGGCUGGUUUCCGUACAGUUUGAGCCUUGAUCAAAGUCCUCCUCGAUUUGGGGCUAAGGCUGAAGCUGUUUCCUCUUCUGUUCUUCGCCUUCACUUCGUCAAUAUCUAGUAAUUUUGGAAGGCAUGAUUGGCGACGGUUUUGAAUUCGCUGAGCUGGCGUGAUUUCUGUCUUCCCUUGCCGUCGUGCUUCGAUGCCACCGUGGAUUUCCGACGGCCCCAAACUUAAGCCUCUGUUUUUACAAAUUUUCGGUUCAACUAAAGAGUCUUCAAACAUUUUACCAACCCCAUCUGAAUUCUUGCUACUUGCUUUCGAAUCAACCGAUCUGAUGGGCACGAAUCUUGCACCCCUCUGAACUGCUGUUCUCACGGCUUUUUGCUCGGCCUUUUCAAUUUGAAGAGCUUUUAGCCUUGUCGCUAAUCGAUUGAUUUCCCUCUCUGUUUCUUCGAUUUCUUCAUCAACAUUUCUUUUCUUACUAAUUACCUCCUCCUCUUCUUUCCCCUUGUCACCAUACAUUUUGGCUGAGACCAUACGAGGCGUUUUGAAUGGCUUCCGUUGUGAAUUUUCAACGACGCCAUUACGAUUGAGCGGCUUCACAGAAACAGGGUACUUGCCGGAAGCAGGGGUCUUCAAAUUCAAAGGGCACAAAUUUUCUUUGCUGCAAUCACUCUGCAAUGGUUGGGAAGAUUGAUUCUUGUAGGAAUCUUGCAUAUUUGACCAAGAAACGGUUCUAACAUCGGAUUCUCCAUUGUCAAAUGCAGCAUUGUUCCAGACCUGAAUGUUUGGGGCUUCAAUGUCAUCAGGGCGAUCAAGAAGAGUCAUUUCUAAAUUCUGGAUAUGUGAAAUUUUAUGGAAAAAAAAUAUAAAGGGGUUUUGCAGGAAGAAGAAGAUGACGAAGGGCUAAAAUGAAGAGAAUGGUUUUUCUUUGAUUAAAGA